UGACGUCACGAAUCACCUGUGGGUGGGUGUAGGAUCUGGAGAUUAGCUGUAGCCGCAGGUAAUAGCCAAACAUUGGGAGACUGUCGGCAGCGCGAGGCUGUGAGUUUUACCAAAAGAAGGACGACACUGCCCCGAGCCGUGCUGUCCGGUCGAGGCGCCUCACCUUAGGUUUGCAGAGUUUGUUGUUUCGUGGAAGUAAACACACCUGGAAAUCGGUGUCCGUGUUUUUUUGGGUUUUUUUUCCUCUGUUUGAGGCGCUAGCAGAGCAAAGUUUUCCCUCUGAGACUUCCGCGGUUUGCUCGCAAGUUAUCUUGGAUAAAAGACGACCACAACUGUUUCCUCUUAUGCGGUCCCAGGCCUUUUGAGCCAUGCCUGGCCACAGCACAGGGGCUAACCAGGCGUCCCGCCACUACAAACACCACAUCUCCAGCUCCAGAGCAGAGAAGUACAGGCAGUCACGGACUAUAUCCAGGGACAGCACAGCCAGUCAAGAAUCCCACAAGGAUCCUCAUUGGGAGCAUCUACCCGAGCACCACGCUGAGCGCUCCCGGUAUUCAGAGAACAAGUACAGUCGCAGCAAGGGCCACCCACGAAAUGGCACGGCACGGGGCUCGGAGACAAUAGGAUUUAUUCCUGGGUCAGCAGACAACACGCCUACCAGCAGACACGCCUGUGGCUCCUGUGCCUCUAUGGGCUGGAGCAGCUGUAAGGCUCUUAUUUGCUGUGUACUGACCUGUGGAUUUUAUGGCAGUCGAGAGCCCUGCCUGCCUGUCAACGAGAGCUCCACAGACCAUCCCCCUAGAGCAGGUAGUGAGCCUCACCCUCCUAAUGGCAUGGCUGUGACCAACCCCACCUGUGGCAUCCCUUUGGAGUCCAACAAGGCCACCAAAGCCUCUAAAUUGCCCACAAGUGACAGCUUUCGCUACCCAGAUGUGCGCAUCGCAGGUCAGACGGUAAGGUAUCCGGUUGCUGCCCCCAAACGGACCCGUGCAGCUGGCAAAGGGGAAAGCCACCGGCCAGUCAGCAACACCAGCCUGCUAUCCGGUGAGGGCUAUGACUUAGAUGACCUGAGUGACACGGGCACAGACAUUGACUCUCUCAUCACCAAGAAGCUGCUGGAGCUUUACGCUCUGCACCAGAUCGACCAGCUGGCCAAGUGCACCUCCGACUCGUCUUUCUCCCGCAAGACCAACGAGAUCAGUGAGCUCAUCUACAGCAUCGCUCAGGAUUACAACCUGGAGGAGCAGGAGGCCGAAUGCAAGCUGGUGCACGGAGUCAUCCGCAUCAGCACACGAAAGGGCAAGAGGAACAAAAGCCAUCAGUCCACAGCACAACGUCCUAAUGGGAGGAGCGACGGGACUCUCCCAGACAGCGGCAACGAGACCAUGACCAACACCUUCAUGAGCAGUGACUUUCCGGAGGUGAAAGUGUCCGAGCAGACGCCAUCAGAUGAGCUGGCAAGGAAAAUGAGACAUUACAGCGGGAAAACGUACUCCUCCAGCACCACCACAGCCUACUCGCACUACCAUCAUGACACUGAAACAGACUCUUCAGGCGCUCCUCUGCUUCUCUGAAGGGCAACACCGAAGCUAAAGUACCUAUACUGACAGGAGUUGUAACCAACUAGAUGGACAAUUUUAUCCUUCGGCUAUCAUUUAUACUGUUACUGAGUGGAGCACCUUUUGGGCGGUUGUACUUCUCCUUUUAGUGGUCCGGCUAAUGUUUGCUAUUGGAGUGUCAUUUAAAGUCAAGGACAUUUUAUCUUUCCAGCAAAUGACCACUGAGGAAACAAUUUUUUUUUUUUUUUUUUUUUUUUACACAGGGAGAGACAAAGCGAGUUUUUAUGUAUUAGUAUACAGUGUUUAAAGGUGUUUUCAGAAAAAGGAACAUGGCUACACCCCAUGGUGUUUUAGCAGACAGUCCAUAGGAUAGAGACUGAUGGUAGAACAUAACCGUCCUCAUUCUUGUCUGUGUGAUUGUUUAUGCAAGCCGUUGUGCAUGUAUUGUGUGUAUGGGUUACUGACUCCUGCCAUUUAGAUUCCUUAGAGGCAUGAUCUGCAAACUGUAUUCUUAAGCCAUAUUGUGAUGUACAUAUUUUUAAGUCAAUGUUACUUUCUGGGUUGUUAAACCAUUUGUGGCAUAUGGCCACAGUUUUUUUUGUUUUGUUUGUUUUUUGUUUUUUUUGUUUUGUUUUUUUUACUCACAGAUAAGUCCUGUUUUUAACAAAAUAAAAAUCUCCGUGCUUGUUUAUGUCUUUUCAUGUGUAUUCAUCAAGGAAAUUAUAUGUGUAGUAACGAUGUUUUUAAGUCAUGCAUUUCUUAUUUUAGCUUGCAGAAAAUAUGACAGUACUGCUCCAUGCUUGCAGAGCUUUGUGACAGCAUUUUGUUUUCUAUUUCUACACAAGACAAAAUAACAUUUAUCUACUUUGAAUUGCUGCAGGUCCAUUUGUUUUGCAACUAAUUAUUCACUCCUAUAUUAACAAGUCUUUGCCUCACAGGGUCUUCUGCUACUGUUUCUUCAGCCUACUCUUCCUCUUUAUCUCUUGGAUUAUUGUUGUCAAGCUCAUCUCCCUAAGGUCACUACGUUGUACCAGGCAGGCUUUUCCGCCCUCAGCAAAAGAAGAAACUUGUUUGGCUGGUUCUGACAAAAAGGAAAUAAAAUCCUGGGGUUUAUCUUUGUCAUUUAUUGCAAAGGGAAGAAGCAGUGCAGAAA